CCCGAUUGUAUCUUUAUUGGGUUGGGCCCAAGGGCUGCUGCUCCAACAAGCCCCUGCAUUAAUCCGGCCCUGACAUGAGCAUCACUAGGAUGCCACGCAGAACUAACAGGACAAGAAGGCGGGCUUUCGAAUGCGUCAGAAGAGAAUAAUGAAAACGACCUAAAUUAUUUUCAGUAGCAUAAUUAUCCUACAACUCCCUGAGGGUGACGCAGUCAGAAGAAAUUAAGGAAAGAGGGCGAAUUUAAUUGUGCGAGGUCUCAAGGCAGCGCUUUUAAAGUCCCGUAAAACAUGAUAAAACAACCAGCACCACAACGCAAAGCCUGCAGAAGGAACACGAUCAUUUGAAGUUCUGCAUAAUGGACAUUUUUCAUAAACUGGUUCCUUGCAACGAUGUUUUUAACAGAACAGCAUCUCUAUAAAAGUAUGAUCCCAACUUGACCAGGUUAUGAAAACCUGCAUGCACAGAGCAAAUCGGCAGGAGGAAAGAUGUUUGUGGAGUUUAUUGUCCAAUGGGGGGCAUGGAGCAUCUUGCUCCAGUGUGGAUUAUUGGGCGUGUCAGCAGGGGAUUUCCCGUGGACCUGCCCUCCCCGAUGUGUGUGUCGCCUUGAGACUUCAGAAGUCAACUGCUCUGGCAAACAGAUGACUUUUGUGCCUGAGGGCUUCACCAGUGGUGGCCGGUGUUUAGACUUAUCUCGUAACAAGCUGAAGACGCUAAGUCGUCGGCAGUUCUUUGGGAUGACACAGCUUGAGCAUCUGGACCUUAGUGAGAACUUAAUCUCCAUGAUUGAAGUUGAUACCUUCCAGGGUCUGCAGAACCUUAAAACGUUGUGCAUUAGAAGCAACCGCCUCAAGAUCAUCCCUGUUGGUGUCUUCUCCGGCCUGCCCAGUCUGCGCUCACUCGAUCUGAGUGAGAAUGAGAUUCUGGUCUUUCUGGACUACACCUUCCGUGAGCUGGUGAGCUUGCAGCAGCUUGAGGCUGGGGAGAAUGACCUGGUGUUCAUCUCUCAGCGUGCCUUUACCGGCCUGCAGAACCUGCAGGAGCUCAAUCUAGAUCGGAGCAACCUGACGUCCAUCCCCACCGAGGCGCUGUCUCAGCUCCAGAGCCUGACUCGGCUGCGCAUGAUCCGCCUCACCAUUUCGGCACUGCCCAACAAUGCCUUCCGCCGGCUCCACCGACUGCGCAGCCUCGUCAUUUCCCAUUGGCCCACGCUGGACAUCCUGGCUAGCAACAGCCUGAUUGGUCUGAACCUGACCUCGUUGGUAAUCAGCGGCUGCAACCUCAGUUCAGUCCCAUACCAGGCGCUGCGCCACCUGGUCUACCUGCGCUUUCUGGACCUGUCCUACAACCCCAUCUCCGUCAUCCACGGUAACCUGCUGGGGGACCUUUUGCGACUGCAGGAACUGCACCUGGCUGGGGGAAGCCUGCUCCGCAUUGAGCCGGGGGCCUUCAGGGGUCUUGCUUACUUCCGUCUGCUCAACGUGACGUCCAACCAUCUCAGCACGCUGGAGGAGAGUGCCUUCCACUCCUUGGGGAACCUGCAGGUCCUGCGACUAGAUAGGAACCCCCUUGCUUGUGACUGCCGGCUGCUCUGGAUGGUCCGUCGGAGGCAACGCCUGAGCUUUGAUGGCCGCCAGCCGACCUGUUCCACACCAGACAUGGUGCGAGAGCGCGAAUUCCGGGACUUCUCAGAGAAAGAGCUGUCGAGACUGUUCACCUGCAGGCAGGCCCGGAUCGUGGACCGCAGGUCCCAGGAGGUCAGGGUAGAGGAGGGCACUACAGUGCUGUUCUCCUGCAAGGCGGAUGGUGACCCAAGGCCCUCCUUUACUUGGUUGUCGGCCCAGCGGUCUCCGCUGUCCACUACAGGGCGCAUCAGGGUGUUGUCGAAUGGGACUCUGGAGAUACGCUAUGCCCAGAUUCAGGACAGUGGCACAUACCAGUGCACGGCAAGUAAUGCAGCUGGCAAUGACAGCCUGUACAUCAGCUUGUAUGUGAAGGGUUUCCCACGUAAUCGCAGCAUGCCAUUUUUCACUGAUGAAGGCUGGAUAGAGUCCUCACACACUCCUACUGUCAACUCCUCUGCCCAGGUAGCCAACCAGUACCCAUUUGAUGCCAAGACAUUGAUCAUCGCCACAACAAUGGGCUUCUUGUCUUUCCUCAGUUCGGUGGCUAUCUGCUUCAUCUUCAUGUUUUUCUGGAGCCAGAGCAAGGGGCAAAUCAAACACACCGCCACCAUCGACUAUGUGCCUCGUCCCUCAAUGGGAGGAGGAGGGAGUGGAGGGGAUGCUGGCAAGUUCACCAUGAAGCUUAUCUAAAUGUAUGUGGGAGAGGAUCUGGAACACAUUGACUGAGGGUGAAGGCUCUAUGGGAAUACAGGGCUAUGGCCCAACUUCAGCCUCAGCACACAUUUACAAUAAAUGCAACAUACCUGAUGACAAAUUUAAUCAGAAAUAUCUUGGCGAAGACCAUAAAAAACAGUGGUUGUCUAGGAGCUUUAUUUAUCUGUUGUCAAUAAAUAGUGUAAUUUUCUUUAUUCAAUUAUUAUUAUGCAUUACAUUUACAGUGCUAAAGUCCUAAUUCUGUGUUGAUAUGAAUAUGGAAUAUUAUGCAUGUUAAUGUGUAUAAGGAAUGUUCUUAAAAUGUGAAGGAAGAAGAUUCAUUUCACUCAUGUCAGGUGUGAAGGAAAAUAUUAAUUUCACUCAUAUCAGGUGUGAAGGAGAAGAUUCAUUUUACUCAUAUCAGGUGUGAAGGAGAAUAUUCAUUUCACUCAUAUCAGUUGUGAAGGAGAAGAUUUAUUUCACUCAUAUCAGGUGUGAAGAAGACUCAUUUCACUCAUAUCAGGUGUGAAAAAUAAGAUUAAUGUCAUUUCAGGUGUGAAGGAGAAGAUUCAUUUCACUCAUAUCAUGUGUGCUCGGUCAAUCAGAUAGAAGGGUUGUAAGGAUUUUAUGUGUCAACUUGCCAAUAUAGGUCAACAAACAUUUCAGACAUUACAUACACAUCAUUUGCUUAAGGUUCAAUGAGAGUAUAAUAUUAUGCAAACAUGACUGUAGUUAUAUACAGUUUAGUUAUAAUAUAUGUUUAGAGUAUUGUACUAGGCUAUGGCCAAAUGUAUAUCAGAUUUACUGUGUAGUAACAUUUCACCAGCUUCUAAAGUUUACAAAUAUUCAUACUAAUUUGGGGAUAGUAGCAUUUGUAAGUAAUUAUCAGAAUAUAAAAGUGUCUAGGAGGUGAUGAUAUUUAAAUCUGUGCAUAAGAAUGUAUACACAUUUCAUAUGUAAAACAAGCUUUAAAUCCUUUUUCCAUUUUUUACAACAUAGUCUGAUUUAGAACAUGAAGCAUCCAAUACAGAACAUUGAAAGGUAUUUUCCAAGUCAUUUUCUUUUUGUCAUACUGUAUAAUUUGUAAGAUUAUGUAAUAAUUAGCAAUUCUUCAAAGAUACUACACAAAAUUAUAACAUUAGUUUCACUUCACACUGUUUUCCCCAAAUGUUAAAUGAUCACAGUGUAUUAAGAAUAUGUGCCUAAGUAAUCUUACUCACCAUUAAAGAAGCACUGCUAAACUGUAAUGGCAAACAGCAUCUUGUUAUAUUCAUGUGAAAUAGGUUCAGGACUUUUCUAUGCUCUGGGUUAUUCUAAGGCUUUAUCUAGUCCUGUGGAUUAGUGUAACUCAAAUAUUAUGCCACUCUGCUUUCAGUACACUUGUUGUGUGUAGAUAUGCACAAACCAAUGUUCUACGUUGCCAUGAAAACGAUGUACACAUAUUUAAGUCAGUUUGCUAACUUCUUUGUAAAAUAUAAUCUUUUUUGAUUUUAAAUGAUUAAAAGCCCAUAUUUAA